UAUCAGAUACCCUAUAGAGGGAGGAUACAGUCACAUGAUUGUUACUGCUUCCUCCCCAUGACAUCACCGCUUCUGCAGCCAUACCACCCAAGGAAGGAUGCUAUUAUAAUCUUGGGGACUGGGCUAAAUGAUGUUGCAUCGCAGACCCUAAUAUGGUCAAUGCAGGAGACAUGAAUGGUUCUGGCAACCUGAUGGAUUUUCUGGAUGAGCCUUUCCCCGAUGUUGGAACUUAUGAAGAUUUCCACACCAUUGACUGGCUGCGGGAGAAAUCACGGGACACUGAUCGCCACAGAAAGAUUACAAGCAAAAGUAAGGAAUCCAUAUGGGAGUUCAUCAAGAGUUUGCUGGAUGCUUGGUCAGGAUGGGUUGUAAUGCUUCUCAUAGGACUACUGGCAGGCACAUUAGCCGGAGUGAUAGAUUUAGCUGUGGAUUGGAUGACAGACCUGAAGGAGGGUGUCUGCCUCUCUGCCUUCUGGUACAGCCACGAGCAGUGCUGUUGGACGUCUAAUGAAACGACAUUCGAUGACAGGGACAAAUGUCCCCAGUGGCAGAAAUGGUCUGAACUUCUUGUAAGCCAGUCUGAGGGUGCAAGUGCUUACAUUCUAAACUAUUUUCUAUACAUUAUGUGGGCUCUGUGUUUUGCUUUCCUGGCAGUCUCCCUGGUCAGAGUGUUUGCUCCCUAUGCCUGUGGCUCUGGAAUCCCAGAGAUAAAAACCAUCUUGAGUGGGUUCAUUAUUAGGGGCUACCUGGGAAAGUGGACACUUUUAAUCAAAACAGUCACCUUGGUUCUGGUGGUAUCUUCAGGCCUGAGCCUUGGGAAAGAGGGGCCGUUAGUCCACGUGGCCUGUUGUUGCGGAAACUUCUUCAGCAGCCUUUUCUCAAAGUACAGCAAGAACGAAGGAAAGAGAAGAGAGGUGCUUUCAGCUGCAGCCGCCGCAGGAGUUUCUGUUGCCUUUGGUGCUCCAAUUGGAGGUGUGCUUUUUAGUCUGGAAGAGGUCAGUUACUACUUUCCUCUGAAAACUCUCUGGAGGUCAUUUUUUGCUGCUCUCGUGGCUGCCUUCACACUGAGGUCCAUCAAUCCGUUUGGAAACAGUCGGCUGGUCUUGUUCUACGUGGAGUACCACACCCCCUGGUACAUGGCCGAGCUCUUCCCCUUCAUCUUGCUUGGUGUCUUCGGCGGCCUCUGGGGGACCCUCUUUAUCCGAUGCAACAUUGCCUGGUGCAGGAGGCGAAAGACCACCAGACUUGGGAAAUACCCAGUCCUGGAGGUCAUAGUGAUAACGGCUAUCACUGCCAUCGUCGCCUAUCCCAACCCCUACACGCGGAGGAGCACCAGUGAGCUGAUCUCGGAGCUCUUCAAUGACUGCGGUGCACUGGAGUCCUCCCAGCUCUGCGACUACAUCAAUGACCCAAACAUGACCCGGCCAGUGGAUGACAUUCCUGACAGACCUGCUGGCCCUGGAGUCUACACUGCCAUGUGGCAGCUCGCCUUGGCCUUGGUGUUCAAAAUUGUUAUCACAAUUUUCACUUUCGGCAUGAAGAUCCCUUCAGGCCUUUUCAUUCCCAGCAUGGCUGUUGGAGCCAUGGCUGGCAGGAUGGUUGGGAUCGGAGUAGAGCAGCUGGCGUAUCACCAUCAUGACUGGAUCAUCUUCAGGAACUGGUGCAGACCUGGGGCAGACUGUGUCACACCAGGACUUUAUGCUAUGGUGGGAGCUGCAGCUUGCUUGGGUGGUGUUACUCGAAUGACGGUCUCUCUGGUGGUGAUUAUGUUUGAGCUAACUGGAGGCCUGGAGUACAUCGUACCUCUUAUGGCUGCAGCUGUCACAAGCAAGUGGGUGGCAGAUGCCUUUGGGAAAGAAGGGAUCUAUGAAGCUCACAUUCAUCUGAAUGGCUACCCAUUUCUGGAUGUGAAGGAUGAAUUCACCCACCGAACCCUGGCAACUGAUGUCAUGAGACCAAGGCGUGGUGAAGCUCCUCUCUCUGUUCUGACACAGGACAGCAUGACAGUGGAGGAUGUUGAGACACUAAUCAAGGAGACUGACUACAAUGGCUUUCCAGUAGUGGUUUCGAAAGACUCGGAGAGACUUAUUGGGUUUGCACAGAGACGAGAGCUGAUUCUUGCAAUAAAGAAUGCAAGACAGCGUCAGGAUGGGGUGGUGAGCAACUCCAUUGUGUACUUCACUGAAGACCCCCCCGAACUGCCACCCAACAGUCCCCAUCCACUGAAGCUCCGGCGUAUUCUCAACCUGAGCCCUUUCACUGUCACUGACCACACACCAAUGGAGACAGUGGUAGAUAUUUUCCGGAAACUCGGGCUCCGGCAGUGUCUUGUCACUCGCAGUGGGAGGCUGCUGGGUAUCAUAACUAAAAAGGAUGUAUUAAGACAUAUGGCUCAAAUGGCAAACCAGGACCCUGAAUCUAUCAUGUUUAACUAGACUGGUAAGGGAAGAAGAAAGUAACCCCAAAGGAAUCCCGUCUAGAUUAACACAAAGGCUAUGUUUGGUGUUACGUUUUGUUUGAAGAGAAAAUGUAAUGUGUAUGAAGAAUGGCCCAAUAUGCCUCUGACAGAGGGAGCGUAUGCAGGAUGGCACUUAUUUAAUGAGGAAGGCAGUUUAGAAACUCUGAACAGCUGCAGACAUCAAGCUGUAUUUUGUUAAUGAGAUUCCCAACAGCUCAAUUGGAGCGUUGGUGGGUGUCAGUAAGUGAUGUGGUGCUUAGAGACAAAGAGCCAGGAGCACCAGUGGGAUGCAUCAGUGUUCAGAGUAACUCUUGAGGCAGGUGUGAAGACUUGCAAGACAUUGUCUAUGUAUAAGCUAUGUAAGAGAUAUAAAGAUCUGUGUUCCAAACUAAAGAGUGUAUACAAGCAGUCUCUGUUUUGUUACUGAAGUCAUGGCUAUUUAUAUGCUACUGAAUUAUACCAUUUUUGUGAGGGACAAAAAUGUCAUAUUUUAAAAUGAAAAA